AUGGCCCAAUGCGAUGCUCAGGUUUUGGCCCAUCCGACCUUCCAGGCCAUCCAGAAGGAGCUCCCGUCCUCCGGCUGUGGCGUGCUCGAGUACGACCCAAAGGUCGCAGAGGAGCGCUUGUCCAAGUCCCAGGAUUACGUGGCAGCGGCGCCGUUGCACUGGUUGAACCUCAACUGGGAGGUUCAGCCCAACCUGCCGAAGUACAAGUCCCGCAUCGACGAGCUGCAACGCCACUUUUUCGAGAGACCUUCCUACUUGAAGACCGAAGUGCGCGUCGUUUUGCAAGACAGCUCCUGCAGGCCUCACAAGAUGGUGGGCUCACUGCUUGCGUAUGACCCGCCAGAGCUUCGUGACAGCCUGCGUCAGGCUGUCGCUGACGCAGUCGCCAAAGGCGAUGACGCGACGCUUGAUGCAUGGAGGGACGUUCUUUUGUCGGUGCCGAUGCGGUUCACCGUUGUGGAGGCCGACCAGGAGCACAAGAUCCGCCUCAUGAUGCAGACGCUCGUGCAGGAGAGGGAGGACAUCGGCGUCUUGUUUGACAACCUGCGAGUGAGUGCCCUGAUGCGGACUUUCGAAGUCCUUGACAUGAAGGGCCAGCUGGAGAAGGACGGCGGAGAGCGUCAGACCAACAAAACGCUCGCUGCCCACUACCAGUCGCUGAAGUAUUGCAAGAGGAGUGAGAAAGUGAGCGCAACGUUCGUUGAAGUGAGCCUGAGCUUACACAAGAACUGUCUGUGUUACGACAGGGUUCGGAACGUGUGCUUGAAGUUUGAUGAACUCGGCCUGGACAAUCCUCUCGAUUCCGUGCAUAAGCUCCGCGAGAUCAUGAUCAAGUGCGACAAAUCUCGGGCUAACAUGGAAUGGGCCUUCAGCAUGACAUGGGACUGGUUCCACGUCGCAGGUGGCAUGCCAGGCGAUGGCAAGACGAAGAAGGACGCUGGCGAUGCCAUCCCGCUGAGCAUCCUGGAAGGAACCACGGCCAACUGGGGCGGGAAAUCGCUGGUGAAUUUGUUUCUGUUCAAGAGACAGAUCCGAGAUGCGCUUUGGAAGAAGUUGGAGGGCUACUCGUGGUCAACAGCUGUCAAAGAGCGCAUCAGGCAGCUGACGAUCGAUGUGGAGACUUGCCGAGAGAAUCUCGGCGCGAUCGAUGUGGAGGUGAUUGGCUUCCAGGAGCGGAGCAGCUGGCCGGAGUCGGCUGAUGCCCUGCUGUUGGCGAUUGAGUCGUUGGUGUAUGGAUACAAGAAGGAUGAUGCCCUUGUUUCCUGCCUGAAGAACAGAAAGGGCAUCGAGGACACGCUUGCCCACGCGGAUGUCAAGCCCCUCGUGAAUUCCAUCGACACGAAGUACGCGAAAGAGCAGGGUGUACAGGACGAGGAGUCCGCGGAUGAGGGCGAGGACGAUGCUGAGGCAAAGGGCGGUGACGGUGCGGAGCCUGCACCGCCGCUUCUGGAUUGCAACCGCAGUGCCGCGGAGAUGUUCCUGCAGAACACGGCCAACGCAACCGACUCAUCGAUGCUGGAGGUUCGUGCCAAGAUCGAGACGGGCAUGAAACAGGCCGAACGCCGAGUAAAGGGACUUUGCAAACUUAUCCACGAGAAGGAGAACAGCGGAGACAUCGAGGCUGACAUGAAGGAUGCGGCUGCUCUCACGACUGCAGGAGUUCCCAAGAAGUAUGCGGUGACCGUUGUGGACGCAAAGCUGCUUUGCGAGAAUGGCAGAUAUCGUUUACCUCCCACACGACAGUUCCAGUUGACGAGGCUUUUCGAAGCCGUCUAA